AUGGAUAUUGUGCAGCUAUUGUUCAAGAGAGACGAUGACGAUGGUCCACCACCGGCCUGUGCUGUUGACAACGACUUCAACGGUCACACGAACCUGAGAAUUCUUUCGGUGUUCAUGGUCCUGAUCUCCUCUGCCAUCGGUGUGUACUUCCCGCUGCUGGCCUCCCGCUACUCCUUUAUCAACUUGCCCUCGUGGGUGUUCUUUAUCGCCAAGUUCUUCGGUUCUGGUGUUAUCGUCGCUACUGCUUUCAUCCACUUGUUGGAGCCUGCCUCGGACAGCUUGGGUAACCCAUGUCUGGGCGGCACUUUUGCUAACUACCCAUGGGCCUUCGGUAUCUGUCUGAUGGCACUGUUCGCUUUGUUCCUGAUCGAGAUUGUCUCCCACCACUACGUCGGCAAGACCAUGGGCGGCGGCCACAACCACUCCCACAAUAUGCCAACCACUUUUGGACAAACUCACAUGCACGGCGUUGAGGACGAUAUGGUUGACGAGGACGGUAGCUCCUCCACUCACUCCCACAGCCACGUCGCCAUGGAUGACAAGUACGGUGAUGUUGUCAAGAACAACAACUACAACUACGACGACGGCUCUGACGACAUUGAGUCUCAGAAACGUCCUGCUUUCAACGUGGCCCAACAGAAGGUCCGCAACGACAGCAAUGAGAAUGACUCUCUGGUGGGUCAUGUUCACAACACUACCGUUGACCCAUUGGAGCACAUGCCAGGUCACAACCACUUCUCUCACGAUGAAGUCCACCAGGACAUCACUCAAAUUGGAUCUAAGGCUAACGACCAGCAAAAGGAGCAAUACUUGAACCAGUUGACCUCUUUGUUCAUCUUGGAAUUCGGUAUCUUGUUCCACUCUGUCUUCGUUGGUCUAUCCCUUUCUGUCUCCGGUGAUGAAUUCAAGACUCUUUUCGUUGUCAUUGUCUUCCACCAAAUGUUUGAAGGUAUGGGUCUGGGUGCCAGAAUCACUGAGUGUUACUGGCCACAUAGUAAGAGAUGGUUGCCAUACUUGCUAGGUUUUGGUUACACUAUCACCACUCCAAUCGCUAUCGCUAUCGGUAUCGGUGUCAGACACAGUUUUGUUCCUGGUUCUAGAAGAUCUUUGAUCGUUAACGGUGUCUUUGAUGCUAUCUCUGCUGGUAUUUUGGUCUACGCUGGUCUAGUUGAGCUGAUGGCUCAUGAAUUCUUGUUCACUAACCAAUUCAAGGGUGAACACGGUUUGAGGAAUAUGUUGGCUGCUUAUUUCGUUAUGGCUCUGGGUGCCGGUCUUAUGGCACUUUUGGGUAGAUGGGCUUAA